GUGGAAAGAUGCGAUCAGCGAAGAGCGGAGGCUUUUCCUUAAUUGCUCAUUUCGGUAACACAGGCUAAAACAACCCCGAAACCAACCCUCUGUGGUCGCUCCUGUUUAAGCGAGAAGCUCCGCGCAUCCACCACAGCGUGUACCCAAGAAAUAUCCAUGUUGUAAGCAGACAACGCAGAGUUUACCCGGCGGUUUCGAGAGCUCCAGUAUGUCCAAGCGGCGCUCUUCGGAGAGGGGGGCUGGAGAGUCAUCAGGCAGGGCCAGCAAGCUGCAAUGUCCUGGGAUAUCCGGAAACAACGCCAAGAGAGCCGGGCCCUUCAUCCUUGGGCCUCGCCUGGGCAACUCACCAGUACCCAGCAUAGUGCAGUGUCUGGCCAGAAAGGACGGCACGGACGACUUCUAUCAGCUCAAAAUCCUUACGCUGGAGGAGCGAGCAGACUCUGCAGGGGAGACUCAGGAGGAGAGGCAGGGGAAAAUGCUGCUGCACACAGAGUUCUCCCUCCUUUCCCUGCUGCAUAACCAGGAUGGGGUGGUCCACCAUCACGGCCUCUUCCAGGAUCGUGCCUACGAAAUAGUGGAGGACAUGGAGGCCAACAAGGUGCGAAAGAUGAAGAAGCGGAUCUGCCUCGUGCUUGACUGCCUGUGUGCUCACGACUUCAGCGACAAGACGGCAGAUCUAAUAAACCUCCAGCACUACGUAAUAAAAGAGAAGCGGCUGAGCGAGCGCGAGGCCAUCGUCAUCUUCUACGAUGUGGUGCGUGUCGUGGAAGCCCUUCAUAAGAAAAACAUUGUGCACAGAGACCUCAAGCUGGGAAACAUGGUGCUGAACAAACGGACUCACAGAAUCACCAUCACCAACUUCUGCCUGGGAAAGCACCUGGUGAGCGAGGACGACCUGCUGAAAGACCAGAGAGGAAGUCCGGCCUACAUCAGCCCCGACGUGUUAAGUGGUGUGAAAACCUUCCUCAUUUCCAUCGAUUCGCCACCUUCCACUUGA